AUGAAUAGACUAUUAUUUUUUGCAAUUUAUUCAAAAACAACCAACAAUACAACAAAUAUUAUUCGAAUAUUAUUUCACAUUUCCUUUCAUUUAAUACCUGUAUUUAACCCAAUUAUUUGUAUUUUAACAAACACCCCAUAUCGAAAUGCUGUUUUUAAUCGUUCACAAAUACAUCCAUAA